CAAUGAGGUGUACUAUUUCUGCACCGAUCCCUCCACUGGCCAGCAUUUGGUGCGGCAGCAGUAUCGCUUAUCUCGGACCGGUCCAAUCACCGUCGAAACGGUUGGUCCUUGGGAUCCGGCGAAAGGUGUCGUUAUCGCAGCGCCACGUGCCGUGACGUACGUUAGGCGAAGGAAUUUCAACCAAUUCCAGCUCCGCGCUGCCAUGGUUCUUAUGCAUAACGAAUCGUUGAACCAUUUGAACGAUUAUAGCAACAAACAUCUGGAUGGAUUGUCACGUGUUUCCUAUCUGAUAACGAAAGCGGUUGGCUUUCACCUUAAUGCGUCCAUACAUUUCUACGUCGUUGAUACUUGGGGCUAUCGCAACACCACUGCAGGCCUCUUCACAGGUAUGAUCGGCGAACUGCAGGCUGACAGAGCCGAUAUCGGGGCAACCCCGCUGUUCUUCACACCAGAUCGGAUUCCGGUCAUCGAUUACAUUGCAAUGAUUGUCGCUACGAAGGCAAGCUUCUUGUUUCGGGCACCGAAACUCUCCUACACGGACAACGUCUUCGUUUUGCCAUUCGAACGGUACGUUUGGUACAGCACCAUAAGCUUCAUCGUCCUGUCUGCACUCUUGAUGGCGUUCGUGCUUCGCUGCGAACAACGAUACACCGGACGGCCAGAGCCACUGGCAGCCCAGGAUUCGUUCGGCCUGUCGGACACGGUGCUCAACUCGUUCGGAACCACCUGCCAGCAGGGAUCGUUCAUCGAGCCGAAAAGAGCUGCCUCACGGUGUUUGCUCCUGAUCUGUCUGGUGCUGCUGAUGUUUCUGUAUGCCAGCUACUCGGCCAACAUUGUCGCCAUGAUUCAGUCCCCCUCAACGAAGAUACAGACGACGAAGGAUUUGUUGGAGUCACGCAUGAAAGUCGGUUCCGAUGAUACCAGCUACAAUCGGUACUAUUUCCGGCAUUCUACGGAACCACUGCUGAAGGCACUGUACGAGCAAAAGCUAAAGAACAAAGAUGGAUCGGAGAACUUCAUUCCAUUGAAGCGUGGUGUCGAGCUGGUACAGCAAGGAUUGUACGCGUUCCAGGUAGAACUCGGCAUAGCCUAUCUGUUGAUCAACGACCUGUAUCAUGAAGGUGAAAAGUGUGACCUGAAGAUGAUGGAUUCGUACAGGGUGAUCGACCCGUACUACGCGGUACAGAAAAACACGUCUUUCCGCGAGUCCGUGCGCAUCGCCUUAUUCAGGUUGCGCGAAUUCGGCAUUCAGGAACGGGAGCACUCGCUUCUCUACACCAAGAAGCCACGCUGUUCCGGUGCCACAAGCUUCGUACCGAUUUCGAUCGUGGAUAUCUGGCCAGCGCUAGCUAUAUUUGGCUGGGGAUGCCUCUUGGCGGUUGUGACGCUAGGGACCGAGUUGUGG